AUGCAGUGGAGGAUAACAUCUUCAACAUCAACAUUUUACGCUGGAGUACAUUCUCUUCACGAAGGACGCUAUAUUUACCCAUACACUCUCGGAAAACCAGAUGGCGCGACUUCGUCAAUCAACACCACAACAAUCAAUGGCGGGGCUGUGUGUAUCCAGUUCUGGUACGCCAUGACCCAAUCUACAUCCAAUCUGGAAGUAUUGGUGGAUACCAAUGGUCAGGACACGUCGCUAUGGAAACAAACUGGUCGUCUUGGAAAAUAUUGGAUGAAUGCGAUAUUGGCUGUUUCCAGCCAGAGUCCAUUUAAGAUUCGGUUUAAAUGUGUUAGAAUAAAUUUUAACACAAAACUAGGUUUAGACGACAUAAAAGUAUGGAAACUUCCAUCGACUGCAAUCACUAAACCAACUACUACUCCCACCACUACACCUAUAACUACACUCACUACUACGCCUACCACUACACCUACAACUACACCUACAGCUACAUUCACAACUACUCCCACCACUACACAUACAGCUACACCCACCACUACUCCCACCACCACAUCAUCAACUACACCUACAACUACACCUACAAUUACACCUACUACCACACCUACAACUACACCUACAACUACACCAACCACUACACCAACAACUACACCAACAACUACCCCUAAAACCACACCUACAACUACACCCACAACUACACCCACAACUACACCCACAACUACACCUACAACUACACCCAUCACUACACCUACAGCUACACCUACAACUACACCUACAACUACACCUACAACUACACCAACCACUACACCAACAACUACACCAACAACUACACCUACAACUACACCUACAACUACACUCACAACUACACCUAAAACCACACCUACAAAUACACCUACAACUACACUCACAACUACACCUACAACUACACCUACAACUACACCCACAACUACACCCACUACCACACCAUCAACUACACCUACAACUACAACUACACCCACUACCACACAUACAACGACACCAACAACUACACCUACAACAACACCAACCACCACACCUACAACUACAGCUACAACUACACAAGCAACUACACCAAUAACUACACCUACAACUACACCUGCUUACACCCCUACAACUACACCAACCACUACACCAGCCACCAUACCUACAACUACACCAACCAGGACACCAACUAAUACACCAACCACGACACCAACAACUAUACCCACCACGACACCAACACCUACACCUACAACAACACCAACCACCACACCUACAACUACACCUACAACUACACCCACAACUACACCUACAACAACACCAACCACCACACCUACAACUACAGCUACAACUACACAAACAACUACACCAAUAACUACACCUACAACUACACCAACCACUACACCAGCUACCACACCUACAACAACACCAACCACCACACCUACAACUACAGCUACAACUACACAAACAACUACACCAAUAACUACACCUACAACUACACCAACCACUACACCAGCUACCACACCUACAACAACACCAACCACCACACCUACAACUACAGCUACAACUACACAAACAACUACACCAAUAACUACACCUACAACUACACCAACCACUACACCAGCUACCACACCUACAACAACACCAACCACCACACCUACAACUACAGCUACAACUACACAAACAACUACACCAAUAACUACACCUACAACUACAUCAACCAAUACACCAACCACGACACCAACAACUACUUCAACCACUACACAAACAACGAAACCGACAGCGACAACGACCACGACUCCGACCACUACGGCAACCAGUACGACAACCGCUUCGCUAACCAGUAGACCAACUACUACAGGGACGAAACGUACGACUAUACAAAAGCUAACAUCAUCAGAGAUAUCAACAACAGCACAAACAUCAAACUGGAUAAUCGUUGGAUCCAGCAUUGGGGGAUAUUUUUUAACAUCAGCGUGGCUAUUUAGUGAUGCGGGAUCAGUGGCCUCCACCAGAGCGACUAAUGUCCACGUUUUGUCUAACAGCAGUUGUUCUAAUAUCAAUGUAACACUACUGAGCCAGAGCUGUGACUUCGACAGUGGUUACUGUAGCUUCAGUCAUCCGAUGGGUUACCGUGACAUAGAGUGGAGGAUAACAUCUACAACAUUUUACGCUGGAGUACAUUCUCCUCACGGAGGGUCCUAUAUUUACCCAUACACUGUCGGUAAACAUGACGGCGCUAGUUCCUCUAUCAACACCACAACAAUCAAUGGCGGGGCUGUGUGUAUCCAGUUCUGGUACGCCAUGACACAAUCUGCCUCCAAUCUGGAAGUCUUGGUGGUUAACAACGGUCAGGAAAUGUCGCUAUGGAAACAGACUGGUCGUUAUGGAAAUGAUUGGAGGAAGGCGACAUUGGCUGUUUCCAGUCAUGUUCCAUUUAAGAUUCGAUUCAAAUCUGUCAGAAUCAACUUUGACUCAAAACUUGGCUUAGAUGAUGUAAAGAUUUGGAAAUUUCCAAACACUACGACACUAUCAAUGACGUCUGAAACGACGACACAAACGACCAAAACGUUGCCAUUGACAACACCAAUAUCAUCAACAACAACACAAACAAGUAAACCUUCGACAACAACGCCAACGACAACAACACCCACUACAACACCACCAACGACAACAACACCAACGACAACCACACCAACGCCAACAACACCAACGACAACAACAACAACGACAACAACAACAACGACAACAACACCAACGAAAACCACACCAACGAAUACAACACCAACGACGACAACACCACCGACAACCACACCAACAUCGCCACCACCAACGACGACAACACCAACGUCGACAACACCAACGCCAACCACACCAACGACGACAACACUAACGACAACCACACCAACGUCAACAACACCAACGACAACCACACAAACGACAACAACACCAACGACAACGACACCAACGACAACAACGCCAACGACAACCACACCAACGACCACAACCCCAACGACAACCACACCAACCACAACAACACCAACGACAACCACACCACCGACAACCACACCAACGACAACAACUCCAACGACAACCACACCAACGAACACAACUCCAACGACAACCACAGCAACGACAACAACACCAACGACACCGACAACAACGACAACAACGACAACGAAAACACCAACGACGACAACACCAUCGACUACAACACCAACGACAACCACACCCACGACGACAACACCAACGACAACCACACAAACGACAACAACACCAACGACAACAAAACCAACGAUAACCACACCAACGACAACCACACCGACGACAACAACACCAACGACAACCGCACCAACUACAACCACACCAACGACAACAACUCCAACGACUACAACACCAAGGACAACCACACCAACGACAACAACCCCAACGACAACCACCCCAACGACAACAACACCAACGAUAACCACACCAACGACAACCACACAAACGACAACAACACCAACGACAACACCCCCAACGACAACCACUCCAACGACAACCACUCCAACGACAACCACUCCAACGACAACCACUCCAACGACAACCACUCCAACGACAACCACACCAACGAAAACCACACCAACGACGUCAACACCAACGACGACCACACCAACGACAACCACACCGACGACAACAACACCAACGACAACCGCACCAACUACAACCACACCAACGACGACAACUCCAACGACAACCACACCAACGACCACAACACCAACGAAAACCACACCAACGUCGACCACACCAACGACGACAACACCCUCGACGACAACACCAACGACAACCAUACCAACGACGACAACACCAACGACAACAAGACCAACGACAACCACACCAACGAAAACCACACCAACGAAGACAACACCAACGACAAACACACCAACGACAACCACACCAACUCCAACAACACCAACGACAACACCACCAACGACAACCCCACCAACGACACCAACACCAACGACAACCACACCACCGACAACAACACCAACGACAACGACACCAACAACAACAACACCAACGACAACGACAACAACGACAACAACAACAACGACAACCACACCAACGACAACGACACCAACAACAACAACACCAACGACAACAACCCCAACGACAACCACACCAACCACAACAACACCAACGACAACAACACAAACGACAACGACAACAACGACAACAACGACAAAGACAACAACGCCAACGUUAACAACACCAACGACACCAACACCACCGACAACAACACCAACGACAACGACACCAACAACAACAACACCAACAACAACAACACCAACAACAACAACACCAACGACAACCCCCCCAACGACAACCACACCAACGACCACAACACCAACGAAAACCACACCAACGACAACCACACCAAGGACAACCACACCAACGACAACAAAACCAACGACAACCACACCAACGAAAACCACACCAACGACAACUACACCAACGACAACAACACCAACAACGACAACACCAACGACAACCACACCAACAACGACAACACCAACGACAACCACACCCACGACAACAACACCAACGACAACAGUACUAACGACAACCACACCAACGUCGACAACACUAACGACGACAACACCAACGACAACCGCACCAACUACAACCACACCAACGACAACAACUCCAACGACUACAACACCAAGGACAACCACACCAACGACAACAACCCCAACGACAACCACCCCAACGUCGACCCCACCAACGUCGACAACACCAACGACAACCACACCCACGACGACCACACCAACGACGACCACACCAACGACAACCACACCGACGACAACAACACCAACGACAACCUCACCAACGACGACAACGCCAACGACAACCACACCAACGACAGCAACACCAACGACAACCACACCAGCGACAACAACACCAACGACAACACCCCCAACGACAACCACUCCAACGACAACCACACCAACGAACACAACUCCAACGACAACCACAGCAACGACAACAACACAAACGACAACGACAACAACGACAACGCUAACAACACCAACGACAACAACACUAACGACAACCACACCAACGACGUCAACACCAACGACUACAACACCAACGACAACCACACCCACGACGACAACACCAACGACAACAACCACACCAACGACGUCAACACCAACGACGACCACACCAACGACAACCACACCGACGACAACAACACCAACGACAACCUCACCAACGACGACAACGCCAACGACAACAACACCCACUACAACACCACCAACGACAACAACCCCAACGACAACGACAACAACAACAACAACUACAACGACAACCACACCAACGACAAUAACACCAACGACAACAACACUAACGACAACCACACCAACGACAACGACACCAACGACAACAACGACAACGACAACAACGACAACAACGACAACGACAACAACGACAACGUUAACAACACCAACGACAACAACACCAACGACAACGACACCAACAACAACAACACCAACGAAAACAACACUAACGACAACAACACCAACGACAACGCAAAUGACAACGCAAACGAUCACUCAAACGAUGAAACCAACAACUUCUACGUCGAUCAAACCUCAACAUCCAAACUCCGGUUUUUCGGCUAUAAACCAGCAAAACGAAAUAUCCUCUGGAAAGGUUCAUAACACUGAUAUCCUCAUGUUUUAUUUGCAUUCGUCAUGGUCGUAG